AAGUUGCCCCGUCAUCCUCUUUUCAUCUCGUCGCCUUUCACUGGAUGAAAGACUGAAGGAGAAGCCAUAACCGGGAAAAAAAAUGAUGAUAAACUGUGUGCAAUGUCCCGUUUGGAAGAAUCCAACAAUUCUGGCCUCCUCUUCUUCAACCUUGUUCCGUUGUUUCCAAACGCGGCCUUGGACGUGCAGAGAGGCCAAUCAAUUGAAGUGCAAUGGUGAAAGCAUAAGAAGGAAGAGGAGAGGGAGAAGAGCUGUGGAUUGUCAAGGAUUUCUGUUGCCAGUGGAUCCAUGGGCGCCCAAUGUCGAUUCUCAGAGCAUAGCUUCGCAGCUCUUCGCUUUCUCCCUCUUCCCUUAUCUAGGUUUCCUGUAUUUCAUCACCAAGUCCAAGACCGCCCCUAAACUCACCCUCUUUGGCUUCUACUUCUUGCUUGCUUUUGUCGGCGCCACUAUUCCAGCAGGCAUUUAUGCUAAGGUGAAGUAUGGAACUUCACUAUCCAAUGUGGAUUGGUUGCAUGGAGGAGCUGAGUCAUUGCUUACUUUAACCAACUUAUUCAUUGUGUUGGGGCUGAGAGCUGCUCUUAGGAAAAGUAGUGAUGGUAUAGAUAGGAAAUCCAUUGGCGCUUCUGAGUUCAAAGAAAAAAAUCCGUUACCUUAAAAAGAAGUUGCUGUCUUUUGCUCUUUCCUCUUCCCUUCAUACAAUUGAAUUGCCAAGUAUCUCUCUGUAGUUAUGCAUUCAAGCACUUGACGUGUUUCUCUGGCUACAAUGUUGAAUUUUCUGCGGCCUAAUGAUAUGGAGAUCAUGAACUGCUCAGUUUUGAAUGUGAACUCGGGAAGACAUUGAAGUUGGUUUCUAUCUUCUGGUGCUACAUGUUUAUUUCACACCUUAGUUACCUCAUUGGUUUUGCUCUUGACCACUUUAUUAGGUCCUUUUGCUGUAUAUUCAUCUGUUAUAUCUUCUUGUAAGGAAUCUUUAAUGUAAUGUUUCUCUUAAAGAUUUACUACUUUCGAUGUCU